AUGUCUUCAAGCAAAAGACCAAUGCCAACGCAAGCAUUUGCUUCCACAAAUACAUCAUCAUUAAAUCCAACCAUAAAAGAGCAACAAUAUGUACAUGACGUCUAUGAAAAAAUAGCUCAACAUUUUAGUAGUACUAGAUAUAAGCCAUGGCCAGUUGUAGAAGAAUUCCUAAAGGAGUUGGAAAUUGGAAGUAUCGGAGUUGACGUUGGAUGUGGUAAUGGAAAAUAUUUAGGGGUUAAUCGUAAUGUGUAUAUAAUCGGCGCCGAUAGAAGUUCAAGUUUAAUCGAGAUAAGCGCAUCGAGGGGAUUUGAAACGCUCAUUUGUGAUGCACUGAAUUUACCAUAUCGAGACGAAUGUUUUGUAUCCAUUUUCGAUUUCGUUAUCUCGAUUGCUGUAAUUCAUCAUUUCACAACUUUGGAAAGGAGGAUCGCAGCGACAAAGGAAUUAUUUCGAAUUGCAAAACCAGGAUCAAAAGUCUUGAUUUAUGUUUGGGCUAUGGAACAAAUAGAAUCACGUAGAAAAUUUGACGAACAUUAUCAGGAUGUUUUUGUUCCUUGGGUCAUUCCGGCAGAUAAGAAUGAAAAAGAAGAAGAAAUCGUGUAUGAUAGAUAUUAUCAUUUGUUUAAAAAAGGUGAACUGGAUGAUAUUGUCGCAAAUAUAGAUUUGGCACAAAUAAUUAAAUCAGAUUAUAAUAAGGAUAAUUGGUAUGUUAUUGCAACAAAAAGGCAAUAA